AUGUCCGAACUACCAAAUGCUGGAAAGAAGACUGCUGGACCCACUGGAAAGGCCAAUACUCCUCGAGUCAUGGAAGUCAGCGGCAAGAUGAUGGCACCGACGAGACAUGCACCGAAUACUACUCCGGCUGCAAUUGACACGUUUCUACCGGCUCCAAUGACAACUACUGAAAAAGCUGAGAUCAUUGUCCUCCUCAAGGAAAUCAAUGAGUCGAUCAAGGCCCUUCCUGGACUACUGGGCAACCGAACAGCAUCCACUGCUCACAAGGCACCAGCAGCGAAGAGAGCACCUGUGUGCUGUAUCUUCUGUUCGGGUACCCACAAGGCAAUCGACUGUGAUCAGUACAAAAGCCCACAAAGCCGCUGGGCGGUAAUUGGUGAAAAGUCCUUGUGCCGCUUUUGCGGUACCGGGGGACACGAUCCACAGAGAUGCCACAAGAGAGAUCGUAUUUGUCUCUAUUGUGAUCGUAAGCAUCUAAGCGCACUUUGUGAUCUGGAACCUCACGCCCGGAAGGUGCACAAGCCAGCGAACAUCUCUGCUGCCGAGGAGAUUCCAGUUGACCAAAUACUCUGA